UGCAACACGUAUAUGUUUGAAAUAUCACACAAGAUUGUGAUGGAUUAAUUUUUCAAUUUGUGGCGACCAAAAUUAAAAUCGAAGAUUACUGUAGCAAUGAGGCUACAGGUGAAACUGGUUGUCUGGGUGCUUUGGUAUAUGCCUGUAGGCUACUAAGCGGCUCAGGCUGUGUCAUGGCCACCCGACGUGAUAGAAGAUAAAGGUUUUCGCAACAUGUUGCUCACCAGCGAUGGACAACACUUGAUUGUAUCGGGAAUGAAUGGUGUAUAUGAUCUAAAUACAACAGAUUUCCAACUUUUAAAACAAACUGUAACAGGACCACUGGCUAACACGGAUGAUGUCAUUAAAAUUAUGAUAUGCAAUAAAACAGAAACUGACAAUGAUGGUUAUAUUACCACGUGCAGUAGCAGGCGAAACUACUGUGAUAUUAGGGAAGUGAAUGGAAUUUCUAGGAGCGUUAAUCAUUUAAAUUCACCGGUAAAGAUUGAUGGAGCGGAGGCUUUUAUGGCAACUUAUAUAAAGACAUCUGGCAGAAAUCGAAGACAGGACUUUCUGUUUAUCGGAUGUCCCCAUGUUGAAGGUCAAGAAGAUCUAGGUGGUAGGUGCACACAACCUGGUAUAUCGUGGUACCUAAAUAGCGGGGGUGAAAAAAGUCGUCCAUGGUAUGGAUUUAAAUCGUACGAAGAGACACCAGUUCUGACGGAGAAGUAUAUCGGAGCCUUUAGCGUUGACAACUACAGACUAUUUUUCAGUGUUCAAAUGGUCAAAGCAACAGAAAGGAGAAUAAGCCGCAUUGCCCAAGUGUGUCAGUAUUACGUUCAACAUUCUCGCACAUACUCGACACCACAAACAUAUGCUGAUAUGCCGAUACAAUGCGGACAGUUCGAGGAGAUUCGGGCAGUAAAGAAGGUCGUUGUAGGGACGGAAACGCUGUUUAUAACUGUGUUCUCUGGACCUAUGAAAUCGGCUGUUUGUGUUUACUCAAUGGAGACUGUGAAAAAAAUGUUUGUUGCGAAUAUAAAGGAUUGCUACAGGGGAGGCCGGGCACCAGCAAACCAGGAUUAUAUUAACUUCCAAACAUCUAACGUUCCGUGUACACAUGCAACGAAUGAUAAUGCCACUUUCUACAUGCCUGAGGAUUACUAUUUGUGCAACAAGGACAACCUAGCAUUAUUUCAUCAGGUGAUUGGCAGCAAGGUGCUGUCCUCACUGCCUGUCGUUCAGUUUGACACUCAAUUAACAGCUGUAACAGUCUCACAGAUAAACACAAAAAUAGUUGCUUUCCUUGGUACAACAUCCGGAGAAAUUAUGAAGGCCGUUGUUUACCCAAAGAAUUUUGCAGUUCCUGUCAAGCAACCUGAAACGAAAAACAUGGGUUAUAUGAUUCAGCAAGACAUGUACACAUCUGAUGAUGGAAAAUACAUCUUUUUUCUUAGCCAAAGACAGGUGUAUAAGGAGCCUGUGGAGACCUGUUUAGCAUUUACAACAUGUGUAGGCUGUUUAGGAAGCAAGGAUCCAUACUGUGGUUGGUGUUUCUCGGAAAAUAGAUGCAGCACGAGGAAUACAUGCAAGUCAUCUAGUGAAUGGAUAUCUGUCUCAAGCAAUGAAAAAUGUCCAGAUGUUGUAAGCAUCAACACUACAGUAACGUCAAACAAGGAGAUACAAUUGAAGCCUUUGAUACCAUUGAUCUUGGGGCUCUGUUGCAUCGCCUUGAACAUCAUUUUGGAGCGCUACCAAACUGUCUGUAUUGAAAAUCACGUCUUGUACUGAUGUUUAACAGCUAUAAAACAGUAUAUAUUUUGCGUGCAGGAUAGAUUAAAAAGCAUAUAACAUUAUAAAUAUCAUAUUACAUUAUAAAUAUCAUUU